AUGGGCUACACACGCGAGCGCACCAACCGCCACUUCUUCGUGGCGCGCGCCAACGCCUUCUUCUCGCGGCUCCCGGUCGCACGCAUUCAACGCGCGCUCGCAAUGGAGUCGGUGCGGGUGGGCCGCAUGCGGCCGUGGCGCCACACGAAGGAGCAAGUCCUCGGCGCCCCUGUCACGUGCAACUUUGACUACAACCCGAGGCCGGUGCGCCUCAUCGGUACCGUCAUGGAUGUGCACUCGGAGGAGACGAGUAUUAAGGGCGGCAUGAAGGUCUACGCACGCAACGAGGAGACAAACAUGAUGCUGUGGAUCCCGGCAGGAAAUCCGAAGCUGAAGUACGAAAUCACAUCAACGAAGGGCAGCUUCCAGCACUACCUUGACGAGCGUGACAAGUGGGAUGAGGCCUGGUUGACGGGCAGGGCGAGGAUGAAGUGA